GUUCUAAACUUACAGUUUUCUUCAGGGGAGCACGUGGAAUCUUUCUACAAUUUAUUUAUAAUUUGUUAAUAUAGUCUUUAAAUGGUUAAUUGUAUUAAAAAUCACAAGUAAGAAUGGUCGUAAUAGGGAAGAAAAAGUAUGAAGUUGGAGAGGGAGCACAGUUUAUGUCAAGGAAAGCUGCUUUGAAAAAGUUGCAGCUUUCCUUGAAUGAUUUUCGGCGAUUAUGUAUAUUAAAAGGUAUAUAUCCAAGAGAACCGCGUAACCGUAAAAGAGCUCAGAAGGGUGAGCCUGGUAUCAAAACACUAUAUCACAAGAAAGACAUUCAAUUUUUAUUGCAUGAACCUAUAAUAUGGAAAUUACGCGACUACAAGAUAUUUAAUAAGAAAGUUGCUAGGGCGAAAGCUUUAAGAGAAUUUUCAGAAAUGAAGAGACAUUUAAGGAAUCAUCCUGUUUUAAAAUUAGAUCACAUUGUUAAAGAACGUUAUCCAACAUUCAUUGAUGCUCUCAGAGAUCUGGAUGAUUGUUUGACAUUGUGUUUUUUGUUUAGCACAUUUCCAUCUCUUCAUCGUAUACCUAGAGAUCAAUCAUUAUUAUGUAGAAGAUUGACAGUUGAGUUUUUACAUGCUGUGAUUAAUGCUAAGGCAUUACGCAAAGUAUUUGUAUCAAUUAAAGGAUAUUAUUAUCAAGCUGAAAUUAAAGGACAAACAAUAACUUGGAUUGUACCUCAUCACUUUUGUUUUGAACCACAAGUAAAGGAUGAUGUAGAUUUUAAAAUCAUGUCUAUAUUCGUGGAAUUCUACAUUGUAUUGUUAGGCUUUGUUAAUUAUAGACUUUAUCAUACACUUAAUUUAUAUUAUCCACCAAAAUUUACUACUAGUGAACAUAAUGAAAAGAUGCUUGUUGAUGAGGAGACAUACGUGUCUGAGAGAAUAAGUGCAUUGAAUGUACCAUUAAAUAGUUUGGAUCCUUCCAUGCAGAAUGCAGAAGAUGAAGAGCUACAGAUGGAUCAGUUUUCAAAUGAAGGUGACGCCACAAAAUUGGAAGAAGCCAGGAUAGAAGCAGAAAAAAUUAAAAAAUUGAAAACACUGUUCAAAGGCUUAAAGGUUUUUUUAAACAGAGAAGUACCAAGAGAACCAUUGGUUUUUAUUCUGCGUUGUUUUGGCGCGGAGGUGUCUUGGGAUAAGUUGCUCUAUGUCGGAGCAACGUUCGACGAAAGCGACGAAACAAUAACUCAUCACAUAGUAGAUAGACCUAGGAUGCCGAAACAAUAUAUUUCUAGAUAUUAUGUACAACCACAAUGGGUUUUUGAUUCAGUUAAUGCUAGGGAAUUGUUGCCAGUGGAAAAGUAUCUAAUGGGCUGUAUACUUCCGCCGCAUCUUUCGCCAUUCUCGAUCAGUCGACACGAUCAAGUAUACAUUCCACCAGAACAACGUACUCUCUUGGACCCUGGAUUUAAAUUAAAGGAUGCGGAAAGCGAAUCCGACGAAGUAUCAGAAGAUAAUGCUGAUGAAGAAGGAGACGAAAAUGUGGAAGAAAAUGUGGGCGAAGAAACUGUGAAGAGCGAAGAAGAAGAUUCUGACGAAGAGAUGUCAAACAUAGACAAAGAGAAGCAACAAGAUCGGUUGCAAAAGAAAAAGGAAAUGAAGGUGAAAAGUGGACAGGUGACGAAAGAAGAUCCAUGGGAGAAGAAUCGUCAGGAGAGGCAGGAGUAUCGACUUCGGGAACGGAUGAUCAAGAAAAAACACCGAAACUUGUACAGGAGUAUGAUGAAAGGUCGCGAGGAGAGAACUAAAGAAAUGCGGCUGCUCCGAAAGAAGAGGCGUCUCCAUGAUGCUGCUGAGAAACAAAAGCGCAAAGAGCAACGCAAACAAAGAAAAGCUACAUCUGCUAAAUAAAAAACAAAUAACAAUAAAGAGUUAUCGUAUAAAUAUAAUAUUUAAUAAACUUGUUUUUGAUGUGUAUGUACACAACAGUAAUCUUAAGUAUCAUGAAUUUGUACUUUUAUGUUGAUUAGAUGCAAGAUAGUCUAUAGCGUGGAUACAUUUGUGUUACCUUCUUCCUCCGAGUUUCUGAAUUACCCCAUGGAUCAGCGAGUAAGUUAUAAAGAUCAUUUAGUGCCAAAUAUUACCGUGUUAAAAGAAA